AUGUCGGUUUUUCUUCGAUUGUCACUAGUAUCAUUAGCGGUGCUGCUUGUUUCGGCAGAAAGAUGUCCGCCUGUAUUUGGCGAUUUCGAAUGUCCCACAGGGUUCACUUGUGAAGAGAAGCAGUGUAUUGGGAGAAACAAAUCGCCGUCUACUUCCUGCACGUUUGAUGUGGAAUGCAGAGAAGGAUUCGUGUGCUCCGAAGGAAAAUGUUAUCCAAUCACAUCGGUGAAAUGUAAUAGGCAUGUGCUCAUAAGCGAAGGAUCUGCGAGAAGCAUAGUUUCAGAUUGUGGAAAACACGGGAGAUGUGUGAACGGACAAUGCGUGUUGGACAGAUGUCAAGGUGUUUCGUGUGAAGAAGGAUUCCUCUGCCGCGAUGGGAAAUGUGAAAAAGUUCUUGAAGCGUUCUGUAUUGGUCACGCAGAUUGUGGUCCAAAUAUGCUUUGUCAACAGAACAAAUGUCAAUUGAAACCUCAAGAACCACUCUGUAACUGCCAACCACAUGAAAUUUGUCAUCAUGGACAGUGUUAUCCAAAUACACAAUGCACCUCGAUAUACUGUGAACAAGGUACAUAUUGUGUGGAAGGACAGUGUCUGAGUGCUAUUGGAAAAACGUGUCAAGAUGAUACAUGUCACGGUGGAACUGUCUGUGUAAAUGGAGUGUGCAUUGCGAAUCCGUGCCCGGGAAGAUGCCCACAUGAUCAAGAUUGUCGACUUGGCGAAUGUAGAAUAAUGGAAGGAGUCCCAUGUAUCGGAGAGUGCAGGCAUCCAUUCGUAUGUAUUGAUGGAAGAUGUAGACGAAAUGACUGUGCCAGAAAAGUAUGCCAAAUCGGUGAAUCAUGCGAAGGUGGAAACUGCGUCCGAGUGGCCGAUCGUUUUUGUACUCUUGCGAUUAGAGAUUGUGGAGAGCACUUCACUUGUCAGGAGAACAAGUGUGUCGACCAAAUGACAGUGUUGAAAGGAAGAUGA